AUGAUCAACAAAUUUGCUAACGGAUCAAUAAUUUGGCAACUAUACAACCACUGUAGUUCAGCUUUUGUUCAAACAUAUUUUAAGCAUGCUGAUGCUAGCGGACAUCAAGCAAGUCAUUGUUUAACUGACUUCAUUGUUGAAUUUGAUUCCAAGCAUCGUUUAAGGCUAAAAAAUAUCUUUACGGAAAAUUUCAUUUGUUUCAAUAAACGCCAACGAAUCGCCAUACGAAGAGAUGGUUUGGAUGAAAAAUGCCAUUUUCGAGAGAGGAUAACACCAUCAGGAUAUACUCAGCUUCAAUCUGCAUGGCGACCUUAUCUAUUUUUAGGUUUUAACCGACGGGGUCGUUUUCAAGAUCCAUCACAGUUCAAAAAAAAAAAACGUUGUUUUUCAUUCACCAAAUUGGUUCGACACGCAUCAUCCUCAUCCGUAUUACUGAAUGAAUGCUCUAAUCCUCAAAAAGAAGCAGAAGAAAAUGAAAAGAUAAACUUAGAAGCUGAACGACAGCGUUUAUUAUAUAAUGCUGUCAGAGAAUCAUUGCUAGGUCAAAUACGGGUUAGGCCUUAA